AUGCGCAGCCCAAUCUGCCUUCUUCCGGCCGCGCCGGCCGCGGGGUCCGCGAAAAACGAUGGGGCGAUUUGUUGUCUCGCCAACCUGCGCAUCGUGCGUGGCCCACGCGUCGUCGCUGUCCGCCGUGAAGCGGGCCGCCCACCCACAGACUCGCGCCGAUUCCGGCAGCGUCUCGCCCGGGAGCGGCGGAAGCGGCAGCCUCCUCCACUCGAGCACCGCGGUGCCGCGGCACGCGCGAAAACCGUUUGCCAAACGCCGAACCACCAAAGUUGCGCCCCCAAAUGCUGCAGGCCGUGCGGCGUCCCAGACGGGGCGGAUCCGGAGGAAACAACGCGACCGCGGCCGUCUCGAGUGAACUGCUCUGCCUUGCGGGGGCCGGUGAGGGCGCCGAUCCCCGCCUGGAGAAGUGCGGAGGCGGCGCCGCCAUGGGGCGUCGGCGCCAAACCAAAAUGUCGAAAAUGA